AAUUGCGCAAGGUGCAGAUUAUGGGUCCGCAGCCAAUGGCUCCUGUCAAGAAGAAAGGUUGAAUUCAAGCUACCACGUGGGGGACCUCGACGGCAAGGACUGCGCCCGCCAGGACCUCCUUGUGGUAUUCCUCCGGAUCUGAGCGAUAGCGAAGGCGAGGGCGAAAACGAGCACGAUCCUUAUCACGUACCUCUCCCUGCUGACGACGAUUUAGCGCCUGUGAUAAUUCCUGACUUCGAUGGUCCAAACAAGUUUCCUAAAUUCCCGCCAAUUAUGCCUCUUCGACAGCCCCCUGGACCUCCACCAGGUCCGGUGCCACCGAGGUUCAAUCCUAUGGGUAUUCCUAUGCCUCCAUUGCCCGCUCCAGCACCUGCACCUGCUACACAAAACGAUGGAGGAGGCGCUGUGAUCUCUUCUGCGCCUGUCAUUCGACGCGAUCGUGAGCAUCCGCCUGUGAUUGGCCCUCAGGCACCCACCGUUGUUUCUGCUGCUCCGCAACUCAGAAAUCUAAGAAAGGAAACAGUGAAGCUCAGUACUCGGUUGUACUGA